CACUCGCUCCACGGCCAUGGCACCACCAAAGCAACUCUCACCGGCGGCGGCCGCGCUCCUGGCCCUGGCCCUCCUCGCGGCCGCGGCGCCGGCGGCCGCGCAGCGCUGCGGGUGCGCGGCGGACCUGUGCUGCAGCCGGUUCGGGUUCUGCGGCACGGGCGGGGACUACUGCGGCGCGGGGUGCCAGUCGGGCCCCUGCACCGUGCCGGAGACCAACAACGUGUCCGUGGCCAGCAUCGUCACGCCGGCCUUCUUCGACGCGCUCCUCGCGCAGGCCGCCCCCAGCUGCGAGGCCACGGGCUUCUACACCCGCGACGCCUUCCUCGCAGCCGCCGGCUACUACCCGGCGUUCGGCCGCACCGGCACCGUCGACGACUCCAAGCGCGAGAUCGCCGCCUUCUUCGGCAACGCCAACCACGAGACCAUAAGGUUCUGCUACAUCAACGAGAUCAACGGGCCAAGCAAGAACUACUGCGAUCCGAACAACACGCAGUGGCCGUGCCAGGCCGGGAAGGGCUACUACGGGCGCGGCCCGCUGCAGAUCUCGUGGAACUACAACUACGGGCCGGCCGGGAAGAGCAUCGGCUUCGAUGGGCUGGGCGACCCCGACGCGGUGGCGCGCAGCGCCGUCGUCGCGUUCCGGGCGGCGCUCUGGUACUGGAUGAACAGCGUGCACGAGCCCCUCGCCGCCGGCGGCGGGUUCGGCGGCACCAUCCGGGCCAUCAACGGCGCGCUCGAGUGCGACGGCAAGAACCCCAGCGCCGUCAGCAGCCGCGUCGGCUACUACAAGCAGUUCUGCCAGGACUUCGGCGUGGACCCGGGGAGUAACCUCACCUGCUGAUUCGUCGGCUGACUAGUCGUGCGGCGUGGAGGUUUCUGUUUGAUGGUGUGUGGUGUGAGACAUGAACAAGCUAGGCGUGUAUAGCGUGUGCUGUUCUGAUUCGUAUUAUUCGGAAAAUAAAAUUGAUUUGGAUGAGCUUAUAUAACAUA